AUGGGCAGCAAGCCUAGUGCAGUUACGAGAUCGCCUGUCGGCGGGUCUGCCGCCGGGACGGGCUCACCCGAGCCAGCUAAGUGCCCGGAUCCUUACAGAUACACCAGUGGAAGAUGGCUCAAUCGCGACGAGCUUGAGCGCAAUUCCCGCUACAUUCGGUUUGAUUUCUCGGCCUUGUGUGAGAGAGCUAUCAGUCUAUGUCUAGGAGCCACAAAAAUCAUCGGAAGUGAAAAAAAGGAAGGUGGAUUCAACAGAGUGUUCAAAUUCACAAUGGACACUGGAGUUCGUGUCGUCGCAAGAUUGCCCACUCCCAUUGCUGGGCCACCUGGGCUGGUAACCAAUUCUGAGGUGGCGACAAUGGCAUAUCUGCGGUCAAAACUCAACCUUCCGAUCCCGAACGUCCUGGAGUGGAACGACAGUUCCUCAAACCCAGUCGGCAACGAAUACAUCGUGCAAGAACAUGUUGCGGGGGAGCAAUUGCACCAGAGAUGGGCUACAAUGAACUCGGAACAGCAUACGUUGUGCACCAAGGCGCUUUCGCUAACGAUUAGAAAGAUGGCAACUCUGGAGUUUCCGGCAUAUGGCAGUCUAUACUUCUCGGAUGCGCCGCUGCCAUCGGAAAAAAAGGUCCCUUUCGAAGAAGGAUACUGUGUUGGGCCUCAUUGCAGCCCUGUUUACUGGAAUCGCAACCCUGGUGAACUUGAGCUGUAUGGCGGUUCCAGUCCAAAUUGCGGUCCAUGGAACGACCUCAGAAGUUUUAGCUCUGGCUUAAUAGAUACUGGACGUGCUCGGAUCCCACGAGAGCAGUCCGUUAACGAAGGUGUUCUCUCCUACCGAGGACAGGUUCAUGAUCAUCAACAAUUACUUCAAACGAGCAAAGCUGUUCUCGAAAGGUUACUAAAUGACAAACGUAUCCAAGACGCCGCUAGCCCUAUUCUCCUGCACCCCGAUUUUCACAAGAGGAACAUCUACGUCUCGGCAGACGACCCAACGGUCAUCGCCGGUCUCAUAGAUUGGCAAACAGCAAGCAUCGAGCCGACAUUCAUAUACGAAAGCGAGACGCCAGACUUUGUAGCUCCCCCUAACUCAGAAGACGAGGGUACACUAGAAGACGAGAAACCCGAAGCACAGCGAGCGAAAGAACGCAAAGACGCCUCAAUCUGCCACCAAACAUACGACGUCUGCAUGAAAGGCCCCGUCCCAAAGCUCCGACCCUCUAGACUCCAAGACCCGACCUUAUUCCGACUUUUCCAUUACGGCUCGUGUCCGUAUGUACCGACGGAGGAAAAGCUGGCUCGACAUUCCAAGGACUAUGAGGACUUCGAGACGGUGCAGAAGUCGAAGCUCUGGCUUAUGAAGUCCUUGGAUACGAGGUCUGAUGGGUGGAUUCCGAAUGAGACAUGGGAGGCUGCGCGAGAGGCCCAUCGGGCUGCGUAUGAGCAGUGGAUGGAGACGGCUAGGGAGGCGGAGGAGGGGGGAGGUGAGAAUAUGACGGUUGAGAAGGCGGAUAAGUUAUAA